AAGCCCACAUGAGCAACAAAUUGUUGAAAAGACAAGGUGGUAAUAUUAAAAUGCAAUAUAAAUGGUUGUGUUCUUUUUUUCUCCUCUUUUAUAGUAUAUUGUUUAGCAAUCAAUUAUUAAUAUAUGAUAGUUUGCAGCUCUACCAUUUUUAUAGUUCAAUUUUCUUUACUGAUGUGACUAUGCUUGCCUGAGUCGAGGGUCUUUUGGAAACAACCUCUCUACCUGCACAAGGUAGGGGUAAUAUCUGCGUACAAACUACCCUCCCCAGUUAUGUUGUUGUUGUUGUUAGAACAUUCUGAGAGAAUUAGGUUUCAAACCCCUCUAAGCCGAAGCACUUUGAUUCGGGUCAUUUUGUGCACCGUAGGGUAUGGCUUAGUGGUCGAUGAAGUGAGAGGAGAACCAUGAGGUCCCAGGUUCAAAUCUUAGAGGAGGCAAAAUAUACAAGGUAAUUUCUACUUAUCUACCUAAGCCUUGUUGGGUAGUUUUACCGAAUACCUGUGCUGGUGGGAGGUAUUACGUAGCCAGUGGAAUUGUCAAGGUGUCUGCAAGUUAGAUCCGAUCACUACUGUCUUUUUGUUUGUCAGGGUACCAGGUUUGAACUCUUGACCUAGUGGCAUAACUAGAAUUCUCUCAGCCAUUAUGAGCAAGAAUGGCCGGAACUCGAACACCACUGUCAUACAAAAAAAACACCAACCACUAUUCUUAAGGAACUGUUCUGAUUUUUUCUCUCUCCAAAACAGAUGGAGAAAGAGCUGCUCUUGAAGGGGAUAGAGAAGAUAGGAUCAGGGGUUUACCAAGAAAUGUUACAGAUCUUAUCCUUGAGCUUUUACCGGCUCAAGAUGCUGCAAGAACUAGUAUUUUGUCGAGGAACUGGAGAUAUAUUUGGGCUACUCUUCCAAAUCUGGUGCUGGAUUACGACUUCUGUCGUAAGUUAAUAGAAGAGUCCGAAUCCAUGUUCAAACUAGCAGUGGAUGAGAUCCUGCUACUGCAUAUGGGGAACAUUGUAAAGUUCAUUCUUGACACUAGAGGAGCACAUUUUUCUUCGUGUGCAGAUAUCGAUAAAUGGGUGCUUUAUGUCACCAGAAAUGGUGUCAAGAAGCUAACCCUUCGCAUUUCAAAUCUCAAUACCUAUACUCUGCCCCCUUCUAUUUUUAAAUGUUCAACAUUGACAGACUUGGAACUCACCAACUGUGUCUUCAAACCACCCAGUUCUUUUCUUGGUUUUCCGAAUCUUAUCUCCCUUGAUCUGCAACGUACAACCUUUGUGCCAACCACAUCGUUUUGCGUUAUCAAAGCCCCCCUUCUUGAGGACUUGUCCUUGAACAUGUGUCACGGUUCUCAAUACCUAAACAUUAUUUCACCAGGGUUGAAAUCCUUAUAUGUUCGAGAUAGUUACUACCAUCUCGUGCUAAAUUGUUUCAUGAACUGCAAGGAUUUGAGAGUCUUCAAACUUGACUUUUACAAAGUGGCUGAUGAAAAAUCAACUUUGGAGAAGCUUCUUAUUAGUUUGCCUGCACUUGAGGUACUCCAUUUGGAUUCGUAUUUCCUUGAGCUUUUGAGUGCAGAUGUAGUUCCAAAUGGGCUUCCUUUUACGCUCAACUUUUUGAGGCAUCUGUCGCUAUGUGUAGCCUUUGACCAUCUGGGUCAGACUUCUUAUGCUCUACAGUUAAUUAAGAAUUCCCCUAAUUUGAGAAAACUUGUGAUUUGGGUUGAUGCUACCGACGAUGAUGCCAAAGCAGUUCUGAAGUAUCUGGACUCACCGUCGUGCUUAGAACGACCACUCAACAAGCUCGAGCAUGUAUCCAUUAAUAUUUAUGAGAGUGCAAAAGCUGAGCUGUGUUUUGUAAAGCAAUUGCUUUCUCGCACUCCCUCUCUGCUAAGGAUGCGCAUUAGUCAGAAGACAGACAUAGACGUUGAUAUCGCCUUAGAGUUGAUGCGUUUUCCCAGAGCUUCUCCCAGGGCAGAGCUCUCCUAUUUUCCAUAUCAGGAUUAGGAUUUUAACUCUAAGGAAGGGAUGAAUGGCAAAUUUUGUAAAGAUGUGGCGACAAUUAUGUUCUUUUGAAAGACCAGUAUGUGUCAAUGUGUUUGAUAUGAUUCAUAGUCUUUUGGUAUAUUGUUUAAUCCUCUACUUCUGGUUAAAGUUUCCUGGCUAUUGAGAAAUUGUUUAUUUGAUGGCUUA